ACAGGAUGUUAGAUUGACCUUGGAGCACAGUUUAAAUGUUCCAUCAAUGUAUAAUAAAUCGUCCAGGCUAUUAGUCCUAAAUGUAGAAGACCAUACCAACUCUCCCUACUCUUCCAAUAAUUUUAUUUUUGGAUGAAUAAAGGUUUUCAGACCGAAACAGCUAAUUAUGAACUACCAUGACAAUGACCACACUGAAAUAACCCAAGCUGAUGAACGCAAGAUGCCUACGUGUUUACUAGAAGACGAAAGUCAACGAAUAAGCUGCGUGGAGUAUAUUAAGCAGUAUGAUAUCUCACAGCUGGCUCAAAUGUUGGCACACAGUGCUGAGGAGUUCGUACGUCAUGUUUGGCUCAGAGGUUGGCGAGUAGUUAAUCAUCACAGUCUUCCUGCAUGGUUGCGUGACAAUGAUUACAUUUUGCAUUAUCAUCGACCUCAGUUAAACACCUUUUGGGCUUGUUUCAAGUCCAUUUUCAGAGUGCAUACAGAAACGGGAAAUAUAUGGACUCAUUUGUUGGGGUGUGGGAGCUUUUUUGCCAUUACAGUCUUCAUGUUAAUUCAGUCAGGGACUCUACUACAAUGGCAAGAUAAGCUUGUAUUUUCUACAUUCUUUUUCGGUGCUAUUGUUUGUCUCGGUCUUUCCUGUUUAUUUCACACUCUUUCUUGCCAUUCAAAAAGCAUUGGACGGCUGUUUAACAGGUUGGACUAUGCUGGCAUAGCGUUUCUGAAUUUAGGCUCGUUUAUACCAUAUUUAUAUUAUUCAUUCUAUUGCACAUUGUGGGCCAAGUUAUUUUAUACGGUUUUGGUUGCCGUUUUGGGGAUAGCAGCAGUCGUUGUUUCAAUGCACCCAUCUUUUACGACACCUCAUUAUCGUCCAAUUCGGGCUGGUGUUUUCAUGGGAUUAGGUCUUUCAGGAGUUAUUCCAUGCAUUCACACAGUAAUAUUAGAUGGAUUCUUCCAUUCUGUUAUUCAAGGUUCUUUAGGUUGGCUUGUUCUCAUGGCCGUUUUGUAUAUAAGUGGUGCAACCAUCUAUGCUGUCCGUGUACCGGAAAGAAUAUUUCCUGGACGUUUUGAUAUUUGGUUUCAAAGUCAUCAAAUAUUUCAUGUGUUCGCGGUGGUUGCAACUUUAGUUCACUACCACGGUUUAGUUAAACUUGCCGAUUAUCGUCUAUCUACUGGCGAUUGUAAACCUGUUGGACUCAAUUUUGAUUCAAAUCAAUUAAAAAUUUUCGGCCUGGAUAUAUUUCCUAACACAUUAUGAUCAACUAUUUCCACAGUAUGACAAAAUUGUUAUUACAAGUAAUUACGCACUUGUGAUAUGUGCAUGUCUAUUGACUGAUCAUCUUUCAUUUGAUUUACAUAAUACCCAAUUCAUACUAUCUCAAUAUUUAUAGAUUUAACGUCGAGACUUUUUAUUUUGACUUUUUUUCUGAAGACUACCAUACUUACUUUAUGUUUGCCAACUUUUUUUCAUUUCUAUAUGUAUAUUUAUGUUAUUAAUGGUUUGUUUCGUGAUUAUCUAGUGUGACUCUUUGGAAUAUUAGGUCUUUGAGUAAAAUUAAUUUCUCACUAUCACAUUAUCUUUCAUAAUUGUCAUUUUCAUCAUGGUUUAAAUUGUUGUUUCGAGAUUUUACAUGGUUUUGUUUAAAAUUAGUACAUCCUUUACUUUUUAAUUUAUGUGUAUAAUUUCUUAGUGCAUAUUUACUUCAUGUUCUGUAUUGAACUGAAUCAUGGUUUGCUAUCAGGGUUUACGUCAUUAAUGUCAUCCAGUUGUCUAGAUCCAUUUUGUUUGGAACAUCACUGGCAUUAAGUAUGUACUGUUUUACAUACUGUUUCAGGACAUCGAAAUAAAAUUAACAGAUCGAAAAGCAGAGUUGGAAUGUCAGUAGAAUCACUGAUAGUAAGACUAAAUGUAGGAAAUAUGACUUGACAAGGAGGGAGAUAAAAUGUAUAAAGGAAAAAUCUGAGAUAAAACAAAUAAUGAAUUUAUCCGUGUCAGUGCGAUCGUUCACGAUCGACUCGAGAAAGCCAAACAUAUGUAUAUAAGAGAAGUACAUCUAGCCCCUGUUCAUUUUGGUCCAUAACAGAGCUUUAAACCCAUUUUAUAUUUAUCUCAGACCCUUUCCAUGUGUAUGUACUACAUUCGUAUGAUUUAACAAUAUUAAUUGUAACUCACCACCUUACAGUGAUUUUCCUUAGUCCUUUAAUAACAUUUCAGCUCUAAACGUUUUGUAUUUGUUGCAUUCUAUGUAAAAGCAUACUAUCUUUAACGCACAACGCUGUUAUGAGUCAGACAAUUAUCACUGUGAUAAAUGCAAUAUAUCUAUGAAAUCCUCAAAACAUCAGUUAGAGUUUUGGAUCUUAUGCUUUGAUACUGGUUGACUUGAUUUCUAUUUGAAUUAUUAUUAUGGAUCUCUAGCUCAAGACUUCAGUGGAGAUAAUUAAUAAAACUACUCUGGUGUUCCGAACUCAGUAAUCAGGUCUAAGUUUUUUUGUAUGAGCUCUAGUAAUACGAAAUGCGUGGGGUGCAUAUGAACCUGUGACCCCAAAUGAUGAAGUGCUUUAUUCUAAAAGUUGCCGGUCCUCUAAUAACAUUAUUAUCUCCUAAGUUACAGUAUAGGAAAACUAUCACCCUUAAAGACUCGCCAACGUGAUUUGACCAGUCGAUUUUCCCACUAAAGACAUCAACCCGGAGGAAGCCAACAUAUACAAGAUAAAUAUUAAGUACCAGGAAUCGAAUAGCAAUUCAGUCGAAAAAAUAAUCUUAAUGAAAAAGACAUGUCCUGAAAGUAUGAUGUGGUAUUGUUCAAAGUUUCAAUAGUUCCAUUGUUACUUACCACUCCUAAAGAUAUAAAUGCACAAAGAAAGUUGUUAUAGCCCGACGCGAAUAAAAAUCGCAUCAUUCAAGAGUGAUAAGAUUCACCGUCAAUAUAUGUAUAUAUAUUGAUAUAGCUGAAAAAACUAGUAAUUACAACAGGAAAACUUAGAUUCUCACGAAAUACGGAUGAAGACAACGACUGACAGCAUAUUGAAGAUUUUACAUAAACCCCGAAAACUCGACAAAUUAUAGACCAUCUACACUCAUUUUUACACGGAAUUCACCGGCAUGCGAUAAUUAGUGAGUGUACACAAACAAGUUUUGUAUGAUAUGUUGAAUGAGUAACACACCAAAUUGAUACAGUCAGCUACAACGUAGGACCA